AUGGUGCCCGCCUCAGGUGGAGGCGGUUGGUUCUUCUGGAAGAAACCCAAACCCAAGCCCGGUGACGACUUGGAAGAAAAGGUGAACAAUCUAGGCAGGGUGUUCCAAACAGAAAUCUCAACGAGGUCCGGGAGCGUGAGCGGGGCUGUCGUUCAUGGCAAUGGCGGCAGUACAUCCAUCUCGACCAGCUCUGGGAGCAUAAGCAUCUCCAUACACCCAGUUGGAGUUUCCGGAACCGAUCCUCUGUCCACCUUGAAGACUACUGCAGGUUCCGGGAGCCAGAAUAUCAGGAUCCUCAGUCCAAGUUCCGUCCCUGGCUAUCGGACAACCACAUCCGCGAUCCGGGCACUGAGGGCAUCCCAUACGACCACCGGAUCAGGUAGCAUAUCAGCCAUAUAUCCGGAAGAGUGGACAGGGCAGCUGCACGUGGCCCUAAGGGGUAGCGGUAGCAUCCAAGCCAGAGGCAGCGGCCUCCAAGUCCAGCAACAAGGCCGCCACGAGCUGUUCGGCUGGAAAGGCGAUGACGCUGAGCAUGGAGCGUCCAUCGACAUCACCGAGAUGGGCAGUGGCAGCGUCCAUUUCCAAUGCUGA